CACGUGAAAUGGAAAAGAACGGGUGCAUGUGGCUGUAGUUGAGAUGCGGACCUAAAUCAGAGGGGGGAACACCGGCCUAAUCUGGUUACAUAAGAAGCCACUGAGUCUGCAGACCGGCUCUGCGGUAAUCCUCUAAACUAUCCAUGUUCAGCUGUCCCGCAGCGGCACACUAACACAGGACGCAGUCGCUGUGCGCACACUUGUAGCUCCGUGCGCCUCUUUUCAGACGCGGUAAAAAAAAACGCGCUGGAAGCUUAGAAUGAUCCGCGGCUAUUGGCGGCGCAUAAACACGUUCUCUGCAGAGGCUGCCUUGUCUCUGGCUGCAGCUGGCGGCUCAUUGCGCUGUUCGAGCCCGUGACGAUUCCGCUGACGCCACACUAGCCGCACCACCCAAGAGACAGAGAGGAGAGCUGUGAGCGACGGAGCGGGGCUGGACACCGGACUCUUUCUUCUCCUCAUUGCUCUUCGACCGUGGACGGACGCCUUCUCUCCUCUUCAAGUGCCAAGCUGCGAUAUUUACGCUGCAGUCAAACCAGUAGCAUCACUCAGAUUCCCCAGCAGCGAUGGAGGUACCAGGCUUGGCGCACAAUAUCACCAGCCCAUUAAGUCCCUGCGAGGGGAUGAUCAAGGACCUGAGCCUGGAUUCCAUACAGCUGUGCGAAAGAGAUGGAAGCAAAUCCCAGGAUGGCAGCAUGGAGGAACUCCCCGUUCCUCAGAACAUCAAAAUCAGCAACAUCACUUGCGACUCCUUCAAGAUCUGCUGGGACAUGGAGGCGCGCAGCAAGGAGCGCAUCACACAUUACUUCAUUGACCUGAAUAAGAAGGAGAACAAAAACUCAAACAAGUUCAAACACAAGGAUGUGCCCACCAAGCUCGUGGCCAAGGCGGUGCCCCUUCCCAUGACGGUGCGGGGCCACUGGUUCCUGAGCCCCCGCACAGAGUACACCGUGGCCGUCCAGACUGCUUCGAAACAGACUGACGGGGACUACGCCGUCUCCGAGUGGAGCGAGAUCAUCGAGUUCUGCACUGCUGAUUACUCCACGGUGCAUCUAAACCAGCUGUUGGAGAAGGCCGAAGUCAUCGCCGGGCGGAUGCUGCGUUUCUCGGUCUUCUACAGGAACCAGAACAAAGAGUACUUCGAUCACGCCAGGGAGGCACAGGAGAACCGGAUGCUGCCGUCGGUGAAGGACAACAGCGGCAGCCACGGCUCGCCCAUCAGUGGCAAGCUGGAGGGCAUCUAUUUCAGCUGCAACACCGAGUUCAACACCGGCAAGCCGCCGCAGGACUCCCCCUACGGUCGCCUUCGCUUUGAGGUCCGGGCUGACGCGCUCUUCAACCCCGACACCAACCUGUACUUCGGAGACUUCUACUGCAUGUACACGGCCUACCACUACGUCAUCCUGGUCCUGGCGCCCAAGGGCUCCAGGGGCGACGACUUCUGCAAGCAGAGGCUCCCCGCCCUCGACAUCGGCGACAACCGCUUCCUGACCUGCAAGCAGGAGGACGACGGCGGUCUGGUGUUUCACCACGCCCAGGACGUCAUCCUGGAGGUGAUCUACACGGAGCCCGUGGACCUGGCUCUGGGCACAGUGGCGGAGAUCAGCGGGCACCAGCUGAUGAGUAUGUCUACGGUCAACGCCAAGAAGGACCCCAGCUGCAAGACCUGCAACAUAAGCGUGGGACGCUAAAAAGUGUGGGGGGGGGAGGAAGUCCGAGAGCGGGAGAGAAGGACUUGAUUUGACUGACCCCAUCCAGACAAAACCCAGGAAGGCCACGUGUACUGAUGAAGCAGACAAACGCAUGCAUGAGGCAGCAGAUUUCUAAGGCUCACUACACUCCUCCCGGCCCAAAAAACAUCAUUCCCAAAGAUAAAAGAAAAAAAAAAAGAGGAGGGGAAAUGCAUUUCAAAUCAUCAUCAUCCAAAAAGGGUAAAAAACACUGAACUUCAUAGAUCCUUUCAUCCAUCAGCUAGCUCAUAUUUGUACCCCGACCAAACCCUUUAACUGUACUAAAGUCUGCUUCAAUUAAACUUUCUGCUUUUUUUUAUAGAGUUAUCCAAGUUAGAUUACCAGCCUUAGCCUCCGUGUUACUGACGCACUGUUAACUAGCAAUUCAGACGCUCAAUUGACUUUUCUUUCCAUUUCAGUUGAUUGAUUCAGGCCUCUAUUAACCUCCUACUAGUGGCAUGGACUGGUACUACAGUUUCUUUUAGGGCUGCAACACUCGUUCUCAGUUCAUUUAGUUUCUUUUAUACCAAAGGAAUUUAAAAGCUGGACGUAAAGCCGCUGUGGAAGCUGAACCGUACCGAUGCAACAGUAACUCUGUGCGUAUCCAAAAAGUCUUUGGUGACCAACUGUGAGCAAGUUGUUAACUUUUGAGCAAAAGAAGAAGAAGAAGAAGAAAAAGCAUGAUGCAAUUCUGUGCAGCAUAAGUGUUAAAGCUUUCAGCUCCUCUACCAUGAAACCUUUUCUGCAACAGUCGCUCUUAUUUCAACAUCAGUGAAAAGAAAGUAGAGCCACGAAAUGUGUUUUUGCAGAAGAUAUGUGAAAAAAUAUUUAUUUUUAUUAAUACAGCCAUUCGAUAUAUAUAUAUAUAUAUAUAUAUAUAUAUA